UGCAGAAGCAUUGAACUUGCAUGGAGCGAGACAGAGAGACGGUGGAGGGGGAGUGAAGGAAAGGCAGACUGGAUAGGGGGCUCUGUGCUAUUAUCGUACAGGCUGUCGUAACUGCUCCUUUCAGUGAAAUGUACAUCAAACGUGUUUUGUUUUCCGAUUCACUGAAGAGUGCUGGUGAAGAGGAGUGGUCAGGGACGGAGAUCAUUAUGCACUUUUAGGUCGACGUCGCCUUGAACGCAGCGCAGCAACCUCGCAGUCUCGAGUGCGUUUAAUCUCCGAAGUUGUGUCAAGCGGGCGAUGGUUCGCAUUUGAUUGUUGCUCAACUAUCUGGAGAGGACUGCAGGCAGGGCAAACGCUGCAUUGUGGCAUCUGAGACGCUGAUUCCUGCCCGAGGAUUGCACAAUCUGUUCUCCCAAAAAUGUCAUCUCAGGCGAAAGUCAAGAAGGACAAAGAGAUUAUUGCCGAAUAUGAGACCCAAGUGAAAGAGAUCCGUAACCAGCUGGUGGAGCAGUUCCGUUGUCUGGAGCAGCAGUCUGAGUCUCGGCUGCAGCUGCUGCAGGACCUGCAGGAGUUCUUCCGUCGAAAGGCCGAGCUCCAGCUGGAGUACUCCAGAGGCCUGGACAAACUGGCUGAGCGCUACUCUGCCAAGAUCCGCACCUCCAGAGAGCACCAGCAUUUAAAAAAAGACCAGAAUCUGAUGUCCACUGUGAAUUGCUGGUAUUUGGUCUUGGAGCAGACCAGGCGGGAGAGCAGAGACCACGCCACUCUCAGUGACAUCUACAACAACAACGUCAUUGUCCGCCUGGCACACGUAGGCGAGGAUGUCAUCAGACUUUUCAAAAAGAGCAAAGACAUCGGGGUGCAGAUGCAUGAGGAGUUAGUGAAAGUCACCAAUGAGCUCUACACAGUGAUGAAGACGUACCACAUGUACCAUACUGAGAGUCUCAGCGCUGAGAGCAAGCUAAAGGAGGCAGAGAAACAGGAAGAGAAGCACAUUGGCAAGGCCAAUGACAUUAGUUCCAGUCUUCUGCGGUAUGGUCAUGAUGAACGUCCACAGCGACGGAGUUCCGUCAAGAAGAUGGAGAAAAUGAAAGAAAAGAGACAAGCCAAGUACUUUGAAAACAAGCUGAAGUGCACAAAAGCCCGGAAUGAUUAUCUUCUCAAUCUGGCUGCUACCAAUGCCUUGGUGGCCAAAUACUACAUCCAUGACAUCUCAGACAUGAUAGAUUGUUGUGACUUAGGUUACCAUGCAAGCUUGGCGCGCACCUUGAGAACCUACCUGUCUGCAGAGUAUAGCCUUGAGACCUCUCGCCAUGAAGGUCUUGACUUGCUGGAGGGCGCAGUAGAUGCCAUGGACAUCAGAGGAGACAAGCUGAGGUUUAUGGACACGCACAGCCAGAUCUUCUGUCCUCCAGCGUGCUUUGACUAUCAGCCCCACAUGGGGGAUGAGGUGUGUCAGGUGAGCGCACAGCAGCCCGUUCAGACAGAGCUCCUGAUGCGCCACCACCAGCUGCAGUCUCGUUUGGCCACGCUAAAGAUAGAAAAUGAAGAGGUGAGGAAGACUCUUGAUGCUACCAUGCAGACCCUUCAGGACAUGCUCACAGUGGAGGACUUUGAUGUGUCAGAGGCAUUCCAGCACAGCCAGUCCACAGAGUCGGUCAAAUCAGCUUCCUCUGACUCCUAUAUGAGCAAGGCAAACAUCACUAAGAGACGAGCCAAUCAGCAGGAGACCGAGGGCUUCUACUUCACUAAAUACAAGGAGUAUUUGAAUGGCAGCAAUCUCAUUGUCAAACUGCAGGCCAAGCAUGACCUUCUGAAGCAGACGCUGGGUGAAGGGGAGAGGGCUGAAUAUGGAACAACAAGGCCCCCCACUCUUCCCCCUAAACCCCAGAGAAUGCGGAAGUCUAGACCUCGCUCCAUUUUUAACCAUAAGCUGUUUAACGGCAAUAUGGAGGCCUUCAUUCAGGGGAAGACGGAAUGUCCGUGCCAGGAGUCAGGUACUCUGUCUUACAGCAGGGCGGGGAUCAUCUCAUUGUGUUCAGACUCAGGACAGCCCAUACCAGUGGUGGUUGAGAGCUGUGUUCGAUACAUCAAUCUGUAUGGUCUUCAGCAGCAAGGUAUAUUUCGAGUCCCAGGCUCCCAGGUCGAAGUCAACGAUAUUAAGAAUGCAUUUGAAAGAGGAGAGGAUCCGUUGGUGGACGAUCAGACCGAUCAUGACAUUAACUCUGUGGCAGGCGUUCUUAAGCUCUACUUCAGGGGGCUGGAAAAUCCGCUGUUCCCUAAGGAGCGUUUCCUUGACCUUAUAUCCACAACCAAGCUUGACUCAGGUGCAGAAAGAGCUCAUCACCUUCAGCAGAUAAUUGUGACUCUUCAGCGGCCUGUGAUCAUCGUCAUGAGAUACCUGUUCGCAUUUCUGAAUCAUCUUUCUCAGUACAGUGACGAGAACAUGAUGGACCCUUACAACCUGGCUAUUUGCUUUGGUCCCACAUUAAUGCCGAUACCAGAUGACCAGGACCCUGUGUCCUGCCAGGCGCAUGUUAAUGAGGUCAUUAAGACCAUUAUCAUCCACCAUGAGGCCAUCUUCCCGACCCAGCGUGAGUUGGAGGGGCCCGUGUAUGAAAAGUGUAUGGCUGGUGGGGAAGAGUACUGUGAAAGCCCCCACAGUGAGCCAGGAGCUCUCGACGAGGUAGACAAUGGUACUGGACCCAACACUAGUGAUGAAGAGCUGGAGCAGAUCGAGGCCAUAGCCAAGUUUGACUACGUGGGCCGAAGUCCUAGAGAACUUUCCUUCAAGAAGGGAGCCUCUCUGUUACUCUACCUGCGAGCCUCUCAGGACUGGUGGGAGGGCCGACAUAAUGGUGUGGAUGGUCUGAUCCCACAUCAGUAUAUUGUCGUACAAGACAUGGAUGAUGCGUUCUCAGAUAGCAUUCAGAGGACUGAUAGCGCAGCCAGUAGUGGACCACACCACGAAGAAAGAGCUUCAUCCAGAAACGACCGUCAGUCUCCUUGCGAACACACACCCGAGCACCGCUUUGGAGCAGCGCUGGGAAGGGUGAGGGUGCGAUCAGAUGGAGCUGCAGUUUCACGCCACAGGAACGGCGCUGACAGUCACAGCCCCAGCCGAGCUGCAGACCAGCCCCCCAGGGUCAUGCCUCGGCCGUGCAGCCCACACAAAGUCGCUGUUAGCAGGGGCCCCACUGACAGUCCAGAGAAACGGCGUCUCACCACUUUUGGCAGUGCUGGCUGCAUCAACCACCCAGACAGAAAGGCCUUUGUUGACAGCCAUGCUCAACGAUCUUCACCCAGCACCACUCGGCAUGCUAGUUUAGGAGAUCACAAAGCCCUUGAGGCUGAAGCACUCGCUGAGGACAUAGAAAAAACCAUGAAUACAGCUCUCCAUGAGCUGCGUGAGCUGGAACGACAAAAUGUAGCCAAACACGCCCCUGAUGUGGUUUUGGACACACUGGAGCCUCUCAAACACCCCAGUGGAGCUCAGGAUCCACCUGGCAGCCCUCUCCACACCAUGGUGAUCAGGGAUCCAGAUGCAGCCCAGAGACGUACCAGCAGCAGCUCCUCCUCCGAGACCAUGACCACUUUUAAGCCUGCUCUGUCAGCACGUAGGCCGAAUGCACCCCUAAGGCCCCCGCCUGUCAGACCCGUUCGGCCUGCUCCUGUGAUUGGACAAAGCCAGGGACCACACCGCUCCAGCAGCUCUAGUUCGUCUGGUCUCGGCAGCCCAGGCAUCACUCCCACUGACCGGGUCUUUCCAAAACCUCCCUCCCCAUCACCAUCCACUUCCUCCUCAUCCUCAGACAAACAAGGUAACAUGUAGCACCAAUCAGUCACAAGUCAAGUGGUUGAAGAACAUUGUGGAUACAGAGUGAUUGUGAUUACCAUCACACUGACACCUGCUCUGUAUGAUGAAUAUUUAAGACUAAUCUUAUAUAGUGUAGGAUGGCUACUGCUGUUUUCUGACAACUUUGUGAACACACGUUGACUUGUUGGUGGACAAGUUAAUGUACUGUAUUACAACAUUACACAGAAAUACGAUUUAAAUCCAUGAGAAUAGUUUUAUAAAAUGCUACCAUGCUGAAUGAAGCCAUGCUGGAUUAAAAAAAAAAAAGGGAUGCACUGGAAAAUACUUCUGUUUACUGAAAUCUGACAAUGAAACAUAUGUUAUUAGGUUACAAAAUAUGCUGUAAGCCUGUACUUUUUAUCUGGUUUCAUGUUCCAUUUUGAGGGAACCCUUCACCACUAAUAUUUCUCCACUAACAAUGUAGAAAUCUAAUAUUCACUCAAUGAAAACUGCAAUUCCUUGGGCACCAUUUAUAUUGACAGUUUCUUUAGAGAGUCUUUCCCAAAAGUGCAAGCAUAUACCAACAAGCGUCGGGUUUCCAGCAACAGGUUGACACCACGAUGAUGUGAAAUCAGUCUCUAUUUACUAAGUAGUGCACUAAAUUAAGUGUUUGCCAUUUUAUUUGAGUAUCUGAAUUCUGGGUGGAAAAUUGACAUCUGAACAGUGGAACAGAAAAGCAGUGUGCAUGGCAUGUAAACACUUUUGUGCCAAACAAUCCCACAGUGCACCACAUUUUAAAGAGGCGGAAAAUUACAGUUAUGUGACAGUACACCUGUUAAUGAUGACACAGAAUGAUGUCUCAAAUUAUUGUUGACUACAGAGCAAACUAUUGAGUGUCUGUGAGUGAGUGAGUGAUUUCAGACACAGCCCAUAGCUGAAUGGUAAAACAAGGGUAGAACUGCAUUAGGUUGCAGUUCAUCUAGUUGCUAUGAGAUGCCAGGGAGUUAACAACUCUAUUAGAGGACAAAUUUUUCUACAACUGAACUUUGUAGAAUUAAAAAUACAUGCUGAAAUUCUAACAAAAUCCUACACAUAAUGGAUUUAAACUCAAUGGCAAUAUCCUCCAGUAUCUCUCUUGCUCUAUUCACUUUUUUCUACAAGAAGAGAGGGAGAAGUUUAAAAAAAAAAAACCAAAACGCUCCAGUAAAACUCACUGUGAGUUUUACUGAGUGAGUGUGUGGGAUUGAUCGACAUCAAAUACUUCAGGCAGCUUUGUCAUUAAAACAAAUGGCACAGCUGUGUUCUGGCCAGUCUUCACUGUACAGCAGCCUGGGUUAAGGCUUAACUGGUGGCAGUGCAGCAGCACAAUCAACAACAACCUGAGAUGCUGCCACUCUUGGAUGCAUUUCCUCACCAGUGGACCACGACUGUUACAAACCCACUGUGACUACAAUAUUUGAUGAAUACAUUGACUGUGUUUACUGCAUGUCAGUACUGUUUCAAAGCUGUUCCAAAAUGUAGGUACUUCUCAAGCCACAGUAGAAAAGGAAACUUAUCAAGCAAAAUUGUAUCUCUGCAUCAUUCAUUAAUCUCAUAUCCAGGCUGUGGUGUUACAGUUACAGAGAACACUGAGGAUUAUUGUCAACAUUAUAGACAUGUCGCCUAUUCUAACUAAUGCAAGGAAAUGAUAUAGUCAUCUCUCUAUAUUGAAAAGAUUAGCUGUGUUACCUCAAAAAAACAUGUAAAGUGUUCUCCUACAAUUCAAGUGACUAAUGCACUUAAACUUUACAGGGAACUGUGCUGCAUUUUUAGGUUCUGUGUUUUCAUUUUGACAAAGUUGUACUAGAAACAUAAUAUAGCACAUCAGUAUCAUUGAAGCUUACAUAAUGUCUAGAUUUCACAUGGUCAGUUAAGGCUGUGUGGGUGUUUAGAUGAGCUUGUUUACUUUUGGUGGUGUUUGUUGUCUGUCUUAUAAGGAUGAUCAGUAUAUCUUUAAAGUGUAAUAGGUACAUUGGAUUGAAUAUAUACAUACUGUUAAAGGAUACUUGUAUAAAUAACAUUGUAUGAUAGGAGCAGGAUAUAUUAUCAUGUCUAGUCUGUAGAUUUUUGUAACUCUUAUCCUUGCACAAACAUUAACAAAACAAUAAAUCAAUGAAACCUCGCA